AUGGCACCUCCUUCAACGCCUGCGCCUCACAGAUUUCUCGUUCCUGGAACUCAACGCAAUGAUUCUCCGAAACCACUUCCAAGCGGGUCAAAGCAAUUUCGCGCAACUCCGCGUUUCUCACUUCACUCUACCCCGCGUGAGCCCGUGGAUACCCUGUCUUCGUCUACUCCAGCGCGUCCGUCCACGUUUGUACGUUUACGACAAACAGAGAGCAUCAGUGAUGUCAUCGACAGCUCCCCGCCGGACAUACAGCCUUCGAGAACCUUUAGUGACUCGAUUGAGGCGGAUUCAAUUCCUACAUCCUCGGUAGUCACUGCCACUAAUUAUGAAUCCUUUGAGGAUAUCGAUCGGGACGGUCCGACCCCAAAGCGGCGGCGGCGGCUGUCGGUCUUUUCUGAGAAUGAUGUUGACUCUGAUUUAUCACUUGCGGACGAAUUGAACGUAAUUGAGGACACACAAUCUGUUGAUGAGCGAUCCGAUGAUGCGCACGAACUGGGUUCCGACUUGAGCUCAGAUGCGUUAGAUCUGCAAGGACGAAUCGCCCAACAACCAACCUUCCAUAGCGCACCACGAUUUGUUCCAGUUGAGCGGCCGGAAGCAUCCACUCGAGACCCCUUGCCAGAUGCUUUCUCGCCACGACGGAGGGGCACCAGGGACGUGCCGGGAGGUCUCGCAGCCGAGGUUCGAGAUUGGCUGAUGGAUAUAGAAGCCAAUGUCGGACCUAAACGAGACGAAGAUUUCAUCGCAAAAAUCUCCGUUGAGGAAGUUCGACGUGGCUCUGGAAUGUUCCUAAUCAGGGGCCGAAAUGUGACGGAGACUUCAACUUAUCAAACGCGAGCGCCCUCCAGCGUGAAAGUGAUGCUCGCAGGAGAAGGUCGUUUAGUUGGAUUAGCAAGAAGGAACGAAGUCAUAGUUGGCUCUGUUGUAGCGAUUGCUAAGCCAUUCUGGGAAGUGGAUUUGGGUACCGAAGGACGAUGGGCGGUGGCUUGUGACUGGGUUUUGCUGUAA